CACGGAAUCCCUCAGUCCACACAUCCAGGUUUUACCUCAAAUCCAAUAUCUCUUUCACUAUCCAGUCUCUAUCCAUACUCCAGUCUUUCUCCUGUGCCAUCCUUCCACAAGUCCUGCACUUAUCCUAAUUGAUCAAGCGGCCCUCCUUACUCACGUGCGGCGUUGAUUUGCAGUUUGAACACGUGGCUCACUAAAAAAACGGAAUAACCGUGGGUUUUUGGUCCCAUUGUCUUCCCUCGGUUUUGUUUGGAGGCGGCGCCUGCAUUAACGUGUGACUUUUUUUUCCCCCAGUCGCAUUGGUUAAGAACUUCGGGCAAAGAUACACACAAAAAAGUAGUUUUUUUUUUUGUUUGUUUUUUUGAAGUCUGAGAACGAGAGAGGGAGGACAUGCAAUAAGAUCCUGGAGGCAGCCAGUGCGCAGUUCCUGUCCGUCAUAAUUCUCUUCUAUCUAUCCAGGCAGCUUUGGAGCGAGUGAGGAGAACACGCCCGCUCCGGCUGAUAGACAGGACAGCGCGCCGCUCUCUCCCAGCACUGGCCGUCCGAGGGACGCGAUUAACAAGGGCUGCUCUUUUGCAAACGCGGUCGCUCUUUCUUUCUGCUCUUUCUCUGACCGUGCAGCAACAUGAACAAGCUAUACAUCGGUAACGUAAGCGAGCAGACGAGCGCGCUCGACUUGGAAACUAUCUUUGAGCAGUGGAAGAUACCGUUCAGCGCGCCCUUUUUAGUCAAAAGUGGCUACGCGUUCGUGGACUGCCCCGACGAAAAGAUCGCGAUGAAGGCCAUUGACACACUUUCAGGAAAAGUAGAACUUCACGGAAAACUUCUAGAGGUAGAGCAUUCAGUCCCCAAGCGUCAAAGGAGCUGUAAACUGCAGAUCAGGAAUAUCCCACCACACAUGCAAUGGGAGGUGUUGGAUGGAUUAUUAGCUCAAUAUGGCACAGUGGAGAGUUGUGAACAAGUCAACACGGACACGGAGACAGCCGUAGUGAACGUGCGUUACGCCGUUAAGGAGCAGGCCAGACAAGCAGUUGAGAAACUGAAUGGUUUCAUGAUGGAAAACUAUGCGUUGAAGGUGUGCUACAUACCAGAUGAGACUGUGCUCUCUGAACCCCCGGCAGUGGGCAGCAGGAGAGGAGGGGCACCACGUGGCCCACCACGCCAGGCCUCACCCUCUUUGGGUACUCGCCCUAAGCUGCAGUCUGACAUUCCGCUGCGCAUGCUCGUGCCCACCCAGUUUGUGGGUGCCAUCAUUGGCAAAGAGGGUGCUACCAUUCGCAAUAUUACCAAACAAACACACUCAAAAAUUGAUAUCCAUCGUAAGGAAAAUGCAGGAGCAGCAGAGAAACCCAUAACAGUCCAUUCAACUCCAGAGGGAUGUAGCUCUGCCUGCAGGAACAUCAUGGAGAUCAUGCAGAAGGAGGCCUUAGACACAAAAAUCUCUGAAGAGAUUCCUCUGAAGAUUUUGGCUCAUAAUAACUUUGUGGGGCGCCUGAUUGGAAAAGAGGGCCGCAAUUUGAAAAAAAUUGAACAAGACACUGGGACCAAAAUCACCAUCUCACCUCUCCAGGACCUGACUCUGUAUAACCCAGAGCGAACAAUCACAGUGAAGGGCUCAAUAGAGGCAUGUGCCAGAGCUGAAGAGGAGGUCAUGAAGAAAAUCAGAGAGGCCUAUGAGAAUGAUGUAGCUGCCAUGAAUCUCCAAUCUAAUCUGAUUCCUGGCUUGAAUUUGAAUGCUCUGGGUCUUUUCCCGGGUGGGACAACAGGAGCAGUAUCCCCCUCUAUGGUGCCAGGACCCUUAUCUGGAGCACAAGCUGGAUACCCAUCUUUUGGGUGCAGCGUGUUUCGGAGUGAGGUGCCGUUUUUGUCCUCCAGUGGUAGCCCAUCCCUUUCUCAGCAGCCUGAGUCAGAGACAGUGCAUCUCUUUAUCCCAGCACUGGCAGUGGGUGCCAUCAUUGGGAAGCAGGGCCAGCAUAUAAAGCAGCUCAGCCGUUUUGCUGGUGCGUCAAUAAAAAUUGCUCCAGCUGAUGGGAUGGAUGCCAAGCAGAGGAUGGUCAUUAUUUCAGGACCACCAGAAGCCCAGUUCAAGGCUCAGGGACGUAUCUUUGGAAAGCUGAAGGAAGAGAACUUUUUUGGGCCAAAGGAGGAGGUCAAACUAGAAGCUCACAUUAAAGUGCCAUCAUUUGCUGCUGGAAGGGUCAUUGGUAAAGGGGGCAAAACGGUGAAUGAACUACAGAACCUAACUAGUGCAGAGGUGGUCGUCCCCCGCGAUCAGACACCGGAUGAAAAUGACCAAGUGGUAGUGAAGAUUACUGGCCACUUUUAUGCAAGCCAGCUGGCUCAGCGAAAGAUUCAGGAGAUCCUCUCACAGGUGAGGCGGCAGCAGCCCAAAUCCUCGCCUACUGGGGCUCCAAUACCACGGAGGAAAUGAUUCACCAAGUGCAUGGUGAUGGACAAGAGAGCAGACAUGGGAUGUGCCCAUCUCUGGAGUUGACCCCACCUACUCUUACACCCCACCCACCUCCCAGAUUUUCUCUGAGAAUGUUUUGUUCUAAACAUGAGAAAACACGGCUAUGAAAACUAGUCUCCCCUUCACUGCCGUAGUGUGGUAACUGCACAACGCUCUCUAUAUUUUUCCUCUUGUUUUUCCCUGUUAACGCUACUUUUUUGUUUAUUGGUUUUGAGUUUUUCAUCUAAAAGUCAAGGCAUUGCUCUCCUAGCCUGGCUAGGGGUGGGGUCCUGAAAGCUCUGGGUAUGAGAUGGGACUAGAAGUGGUGUGGUCAGAAAUAUUUUGUCCUAGUAUUGCUAAUGGCAUUUUAUAAAUUCAGAUGCAUUUUAUAAAGAAAAUAAUUAUAUAUAGAUACCAGAUGAAAUAUGAAAGGUGGCAGAACAACACUGCCACUAACGAUUACAGGAAGUGUUGAUUGGUGUUAGCCAGGAAACCAAGUUAAUAUGCAUUUUUACUGAUCUACCUCAGGCUAGAGUACCUCAGAAAAAAGAAGUAAAUGAUAUAUGGAAAAAAAUGUUCCUUUCUUUUUUAUUUUGCUUUGUGGUAUUUUGUAUACUUUAUAAAACCUAAAUAGUUCUUGAACAUUUUUAUUUUUUUAAGAAAAAGUAAAAGUCUGCUGUUAACACAAGAACCUUGAGCCCCACGUUUAUGAUGCAGACAGCUAAUAACUGUACAUAAGAAUGUCUGCACGUAGGUAGGUGUGAGGUUUGAGGGCUUGCUGUUUGCAGAUAGGAAUAUUGUAAAGCGCCUCAGUGUUGCCGAGGAGCCACCAUCUUCUGGAAACAUCAAAAAACAGGAUAUAGAUGCCGAAAAAUGCUGACCAUACAUAUUGCAGCAAUGCCAUUUAGUUUAGCAAUUAUAACAUUUUGGCAGGUACAUUUUCCCCACAAACAUCAAGUUAGCAUUCAGGGAUUAGCUUCAGCGUUCAGGGAUCGUGUUAAGUCCUGCUGUAACACACUGAUGCGCUUUCAUCAGAUUAUCACAGCCCAGCCCUUUGUGGUACUUGUUCAUUUUUCUUUUCCCAGCCUUUAUUUUUGACAUUAUUUGUGGGCUGGCUUCCAUCACACCAGGCUUUUCCACACUGCAGACAUCUGUGUUGAGUGUCCGUCACUGCAUGGUGAGGGUUGGGGGAGUCACUGUUUCAAAUGUUUUUGAUGUUACAAUACUAAUGGAUGCUUCUUUAUAGCCAGCAGUAAUGUAGAAAUGGAUGUGAACUUUUUUUUUUUUUUUUUUUUUUUUUUUUUUUUUUUUUUUUUUUUUUAAUUCAAAAUUAGAAAAGCAAGAAAAAAAAAUAAUGAAUCUUUUAGAAGAAAUAUGGAGGAAAAACUGAGUUUCUUUUUUUUUUUUCAUGCGAAUGUAAAUAUGAUUGUGGUGAAAGAGCAUAUUCAUGCUUCCACACUAGUAGUAAUGUCUACCUCAGCUGAAUCAAGGGUGGGUGGCGUUAAAGCUUGUGCCUCUAGCUACCUUGUUAAAAAUCUGUGCCGAUACAUUGAGCCCCUCGUGGGCACUCGUGUUCUGCUUUGGCUCAGUGUGUCGUGCCUUGUGUUCACAGGAGUGCACAAGUGUGUGUGUGUGUGUGUGUGUGUGUGUGUGUGUGUGUGUGUGUGUGUGUGUUUUGUCGUCCCCCCCCCCCCGCCUUCCUCUUACACUAUUGUUGAUCUACCUCUUGGACACAUUUGAAUUAGAGGCAUAUUACUAUUUGUUAGAAUUUAGGGUCAAUUCUCAGUUCCUUUCCCUACCAGAAAAAAAUGAAGAUGUUAAAAAAAAAAAUCACGUAUGGUUAUAUUUGACAAAUGAGUGAUUUUUAAUGUAUUUUCUUUUUGCCUGCAUUGUGAUCUGAUUGCUGAUUUAAAUCCUCAAUGUGUUGCUUUUUCUGUUUCUUAGUUUUGGUGGUGUGGCUUCCAUGUAUUGGGCUUUAUUUCAUGCAUAGAUAUUAUAUCAAGCCAUUGUUCAUUUGGGAUUUGAUCAAUAACCCAGAAGUUUUUGUUUUGAUUUUGUUUGUUUUCUUUAAAAUGGACUCGCCUUCUGAUUUAUGAACUACAAAUGAGUCAAGUUUUCCCUCAAUACUUAUGUAAAAUGAUACUACCAUUUAUUCUAAUAUACGAUUUCUUGGCUGUGUUGUGUGGUGAGUCAUGUUUCAGUGGGAAUGUGAUGUGGAGUUUACAGAAAGUGGUCCAAUUUCAGCAUGAGCUGCAACCCCUCUGACCGUGCUUGUGCCCUCACACACUUCCACUUGUCAAAUGCCUCUGAGAAAAUGGAAUAAAAAAUGUCAUGUUGGCUCCUAGAAA